AUGAAGCUCGACGUAGUGCAUAGGCAGGGCAGGGUUCUCGGAUUUUUGGAGCGCUCAGCAGAACGCACAAAGGUCAGUGUCAGCCUGGAGCGCAAAGUUCGAUUCUUGCCUAUUGCAGUGCCAGUUCAGUCCUUGAUCAACCCUCCAUGGUUGCUUGUAUGGAAUGAACUUCGCGAAGCCCAGGGUCUUUCUUGUGAUGGAAAAUCUUCUGCUUAUCCUGUGAUGCCCUCGCCUGCCUCAGGAGGGUGGUCGAAGGCGCCAGUGCAUGUUACGGCGGCGGGUGAGUGGUUGAGAUCAUUGCUGAAAGAUACUGAGACCAUUGGUUCGAUUCGAAUAGCUACCCAUAGUUGCAAAUGCACUUUGUUGAGCUGGGCUGCAAAAUUUGGGAUCGAUUAUGACUCGAGGCGGAUGCUGGGAUAUCACUCAAAAGGAUCGGAUCAGAGCUUGCUAGUGUAUUCCAGAGAUGCUAUGUCAGCACCUUUGAGGCUGCUAAUCAAUAUGCUCGACCAUGUUGCCGAUUGCCGGUUCGAACCAGACAUGACACGGUCCGGGAUCCUUUACAAGGAUGUGGACACAGCUGCGGUGGUUGAUGAUGCAACGGACGACUCUUCGCAGGCCGGUUCCGAAGACGAGGACGAUGCAGAUCUUUGCGCGGAAGAGGCUGCAGUGGAGCAGGUGGCAGGGCAGUGGAGCACGACAACGGUGCCGGAGAAGGACGAUUUUGUUUAUGUCAGGCAUGUCACAUCCAGGUGCAUUCACAAGAUCGCUGAUGAGAGCGGAUCGCAUUUGGCGUGUGGGCGCACGAUGAGUCGUAGGUAUGAAGUGAUGGAAUUUAGGAGGCUCUUUAGUGAGGCGUACGCCACCAUUGCAGCCGAGAUCAAGUCCAAAGUUGAAUCCUCAGAUGACACCACAGUGAAGAAACUGGCUCCCGCUGAGAGGGCCCAGCGCUUGAAGGACCAGCAGCGUCGCUUAGUCGGUCUUGACCUUAGAGGAAACUAUGAGCCUGGCGAUUCUUUGGUGGACAAAUGCAUUGCAGCAUAUGAAUCUGACAGACUGACAUAUGUGCCUUGGGAGAGCUGUGUUUCGAGGGAGCAUGAAAUCACCACAGGGGCAAAACGUGAUCCUUCUCUUAGUUUGGACUCCGCUGGAAACCUGAAGGUCGGCAAAAAGGACUCGGUUGAACCAUGUUCGACGACAAGUGAGAUGCAGAUUCGAUAUUGUUUGGUGAGGCGUGGGCUAGCACUUGACCAGGCGAAUAUCAUGAACUAUCACUUGCAUGACAAGCUUACGGAGAAACUCUUGAAUGCCAGGAUGGAAGAGCCCCCAACCGGAUGUACCAAGGUGUCCAUGAAGCAGCUGGAGUUGGCGGACAAGAAAUUUUGGACUCUUCUCGCAGAGCUCACCCGCGAUGGGAUCAAGGUGAAGGCGGCAGGCAGGCCAUGUGAUCUGCAGUUCAACGCAUGUUUUACCAGUCCUGAGUUCUUGAACCUUUUGCAACCACGCUUUGCCCCGCCCCCCCGCAGUGACCACCACCAGACCUCCGGGGCCAGCAGGUGGCCCAGUGCCAAAGAGGCAGAAGGGAGAGAUGCCGAGCAAGGGGGGUUCGCCACGGCCCAGGAAGCACAGUACCCAGGUCCCAUGUGUGAACAACUCGUCAAGCUUUUGGACGGCGAAUGUGCAUCAUUAGGUAGCAAGCUCUUGCGUUCCGAGAAAAAGGGGGAUAAGUUCGUGUGCAUUUUUGGCAUUUAUCACACUGAAGCAGAGUUUGUCAAGUUGGCCACUGCACUUUGGCACCCGUUCGACAUGGCUGUACAUAUGCCUGACUCCAUGUUGAAGUGCCUGUACGAUCACUUGACCUUAUCUCCAGCAGAGUUAGUCAAGAAGAGAAUACGUGUCUUCAGUGAGUGGACGAGUUGGGCAAAGGAUUUGCAGCGCGAUGAAAUUGCCUUGAAAAACUCCAUGAACCCUGAUGCCAGAGUGUUGCUCACACAAAAACGAAUCAUGCUGAUGAAGAAGGUGGCUCAGAGCAUGGCAUGGCCAGACCUUGCCGUCUUUGAUGAAAUGUCUCAGGGUUUUCGAAUUUCCGGGUUUUUAGGAAUUUUGUGGAGCAACUACUUUGAUGAUUUCCCUAUCGUCACGCACCAGAAGAACACUUCUUCAACGAUGGUGGCAGCAAAGGGAUUGUUGUCUUUGUUCGGUUUCACUUAUGCCCAAGAUAAGCUGAACCCUUUCAGUAAGCAAGCCGAAGUGUUGGGGGUGGUUGUGGACUUAGCUGACACACCGAAGGGCGAAGUCCGAGUGACCAACAAACCUUCUCGCGUGGAUGAUUUGACAGUUGCCUUGAAUGAUAUUCUCGGUGCUGGAAGUGUUGUUCCUUCUCAGCUUCCGAGUAUCUUGGGCAAGCUGCAAUAUGCCGACGCUCAGGUUUGGGGUAGGGCCGGCCGUUUGGCCUUGGCUCAGUUGAGGGAGUUGGGUCACACUUCCACUCAGCGUGUGCAAUUGGACCCUUGCCAGUUGCAGUCCUUUGACAUUCUCAAGCGGAGACUGUGCAGCGGGAAACCGCGAAAGUUCGUGGCCGAUGUUGUGGAAAAGCCUUGGAUCAUAUUCUCGGAUGGAGCCCUCGAGUACAAAGAUGGAAAGGCAAUUGCUACCAUAGGAGGGGUCGCUCUUCCUCCAGGAGGCAGGCCUGAGGUCUUUGGUGGCUUUGUGCCGGAUGAUCUCAUGAGUCGUUGGCAAACCGGGGGAAAGACGCAUGUGAUAGGUCUUGUUGAGCUUUAUGCCGGGAUUGUCUCUUUGCUUCAUUGGAAGCCUCGCAUCACUUCGUCAAGGGUGAUCUUGUUUGUUGACAAUUGGCCAGCUCUCGAUGUCCUCGUGAAAGGCACUUCAAUAGAGCCUGAGUGGAGGGAAAUGCUCUUGUGUCUUGAGGACCCAGAAGAGGACCAGUUCAUGUUGUGGUUGGCCCGC